CCCUCCAGCCUCCCCGCCCGCCCCACUUCUCAUUCACUUGGCUCUCACGGCGCAGACAGCGCAGGGAGCACUCACCGGCAGUCUGUGCGCAGAGCGGAGCCAGAGGCCGCGGGGACACCAUGCACACCCCCAACUGAAGCCGCACCUCAAAGCCGCCGCUCCCGGCAGCCCAGCGGAUUUCAGAGACCUCAGACUCUGAGGAACCCCUGCUGACAGACUCUUCGAAGCCACUUGCAGGACAGUCCUCACACCGACGUUCCGCUGCUGCAGACAAGAGCGCACAGUGGCCCCGACUCGCCGCGCCAUGGAGCGGAUCCCCAGCGCGCAACCGCCCCCCGCCUGCCUGCCCAAAGCGCCAGGACUGGAGCCCGGAGACCUACCAGGGAUGGAUUUCGCCCACAUGUACCAAGUGUACAAGUCGAAGCGGGGAAUGAAGCGGAGCGAGGACAGCAAGGAGACCUACAAACUGCCGCACCGGCUCAUCGAGAAAAAGCGACGUGACCGGAUUAACGAGUGCAUCGCCCAGCUGAAGGAUCUCCUACCAGAACAUCUCAAACUUACAACUUUGGGUCACUUGGAAAAAGCUGUGGUUCUUGAGCUUACCUUGAAGCAUGUGAAAGCACUAACAAACCUAAUUGAUCAGCAGCAGCAGAAAAUCAUUGCCCUGCAGAGCGGUUUACAAGCUGGUGAGCUGUCAGGGAGAAAUGUUGAAGCAGGUCAAGAGAUGUUCUGCUCAGGUUUCCAGACGUGUGCCCGGGAGGUGCUUCAGUACCUGGCCAAGCAUGAGAAUACUCGGGAUCUGAGGUCUUCACAGCUUGUCACCCACCUCCACCGUGUGGUCUCGGAGCUGCUGCAGGGUGGUACCCCCAGGAAGCCCUCAGACCCAGCUCCCAAAGCAAUGGACUUUAAGGAGAAACCCAGCUCCAUGGCCAAGGGUUCUGAAGGCCCUGGGAAAAACUGUGUGCCUGUCAUCCAGCGGACUUUUGCUCAUUCCAGUGGGGAACAGAGUGGCAGUGACACAGACACAGACAGCGGCUAUGGAGGAGAGUCAGAGAAGGGCGAAUUGCGUGGUGAGCAGCUGUACUUCAAAAGUGAUCGUGGACGCAGGUUCACCGUGGGAGAAAGGAUCGGUGCUAUUAAGCAAGAAUCUGAAGAACCCCCCACUAAAAAGAGCAGAAUGCAGCUCUCAGAUGAUGAAAGCCACUACUCGAGCAGCGACCUGAUCAGCUCCCCGUUCCUGGGCCCACACCCGCACCAGCCUCCCUUUUGCCUGCCCUUCUACCUGAUCCCACCAUCAGCAACAGCCUACUUGCCCAUGCUGGAGAAGUGCUGGUAUCCCACCUCUGUGCCAGUGUUAUACCCGGGCCUCAACACUUCUGCGGCAGCCCUCACCAGCUUCAUGAACCCAGACAAGCUCCCAGCCCCCUUGCUCAUGCCCCAGAGACUCCCUUCUCCCUUGCCAGCCCAUCCGGCCAUCGACUCUUCUGCCCUACUCCAAGCUCUGAAGCAGAUCCCCCCUUUAAACUUAGAAACCAAAGACUAAACUCCUAGGGGGUCCUGCUUCUCUGCUUUCCUUCCUCCCUACUUCCAAAAAGAAAAAGAAAAAGUGUGAGUGCAGCAAGAUUGUUCCAGUGUGUAUGCUGAGAUAAUCUGAAGCAUGGAGAGAAGAUUUGGGGUGUGUGUGUGUGUGUGUGUGUGUGUGUGUGUGUGUGCAUCAUGUGUUGGUAAUAGGACAUUACAGCUCCUUUUGGUGUAGGGAAGACAUGAAGGAUUACCUGACAUCAGGAGAUAUAGGGGGGAUUGUAGCAGACCUCUGGGCUUUUCCCCACCCAGAAAAUAGCCCCCUCUGAUACAAAUCAGCUGGAUUUUCAAAAGCUUCAAAGUCUUGGUCUGUGAGUCAGUCUUCCCUUUGGGAGCUGGGGCUGUGGCUUUGAGAAAAAGGUACUUUCAAAAGAGGGCUUUCCAGAGUGCAGUUCCCAGCCAGCUCCGAUGACCCCACCCUUCUCCCUUUUAUUGUCGCUGUGACUCACCGUACAGAGAGAGGGCAGCCAGACCCAGCUUUCUGCAAAGUAGUGAGGUAGCAGACACAGGCAUAGCAGGGUGGUGGUUUGGGGAGAUUUCCGCAGGCCUGUACCCGGUCCCUGCCUCAGAUGAAUAAAGAGAAUGUAGUUCCCUACUCAGGCUUUUGUAGUGACUAGCUUACUGAGGACCUGAAAGGGCCCCCUGGUACAAGCUGAGCUGCCAGGGAAUGAGGGAGGAGCCCCUGGGGCCUCUGGCACCUGUUUCUAGGUCUCACCUAGAAAGUCUUGCCAUCCAGGGAACCAAACCAAGGUCUUGAGAGAUGCAGGUGCCUAAGUCCAAGCACCCCAAAGUGCAAAAGCUGGGUAACACCUUUAACAAGCAGAGGUAGGCUCGGGUUUUGGUUGUAGUCUAAAACUCCUUUUAACCAAGCUUAGCUUCUUCAGGGCCUAACCAACCCUUGGCACUGCAAGAUCCUUUCGCAGGCUAAUUCCCCUCAAGCGACGGCAUAUGGAGUGUCCUUAUUGCUAAAAAAGGAUUCUGUCUCCUUCAAAGAAGUUGUAUUUUUGGCCCAGAGUACUUGUUUCCUGACUUGUCCAGCUAGCCCUGCACCAGCUUUUCAAAAUUCACUAUGCUUGAUGCCGAUCGUGUUUUAACUUUCCUUUCCCGUUUUUAUUUUGGUAUAAAGUUGUUGCCUUUAUUUGUAAAACUAUUCUAAAUAUAUAUUAUAUAAAUAUAUUGAAAAGGAAAAUGUUUCAGAUGUUUAUUUGUAUAAUUACUUGAUCAA